UUUUAUCAUUUUUAUUGUGAUUGCUUUACACUUUACUACUUAAUACGUUUUUCCGUUAUUGUGGUAAUAUUUACAAACAUACACAUGUAAAAAUCGACAAUAUUACUACUUAUAGGUUUAAUACUUAAGAUAAAGGUUUAAAAAUAAAAAAUAAAUUCUUGUGAAAAUGACACUUUUGUCGUCAUCUGUCUCGGAGAGGCUAUAAAGGGGCGGGGCUUUUGAAUAGUAGGCGGUGUCAGUGAUGUACUGUACACACACAUCAUUUAGCAAAGGUGAGAGUGCAGCAGUUUAUCACCUGACAUGGCAACUAAAAUCAUCUAUUUUACAGUACAUGGUAGACCAGAACAAGCAGAGUUUCCUGUUGACUGCCCUGCACAAGAUGUAAAAGACCUUUUCCGAGCUGCGGCUGAGGCGGGACCUCAUGACAUCUUGAAACUCUAUAAUACUAAAGGGAAUCUAAUUAAUAUCUCCCCUCAGCUGGCUCCCAACAGCCCUCACUCAUGCUAUAAACUGGAAGUGGUCGCUGCAGAUUGCAACAGUGAGGUGUUAGGUACAGAGCUGCCCGUUGCUCUGGGAUUCGACCUCUCAUCUAUGGAAAAAAGGUUACAGAGUCUGGAGAAAAGAAUCCUUACUGAAGCGGUAGAGACUCCUGCCAUUGUCUAUGAGAUGAAGAGACAAGUGGAGUCAUUCAGAGAGAAGCUGGAGAGUGUUGAGCAUUUGAGCUGGUUGGGGCUUUUCAAAAACAUGUCUGAGGGCACUCACAAGCCCUCCCCUUUCUACCAUAAAAGGACUCUACGCAAGACGCGUGAGGAGUGUGAGCCCGUCAGGGAAAAAUUCCUCCAAAUGAGUUCUCUUGAAGUUUCCGAAGAGGUGAGACAGUAUCUUAAAACGCCAACUUUUGAUAACUGGCAAUGGGAAGAUGCUGAGAUAAUGGUGCUGCUUCAGGUGAUGUACACAGACUUGGAUUUCAUCUCUACCUUCAACAUUGAGCCGGAUGUGCUGCAGCAGUUCCUUUAUGAAGUGUAUCGACGUUACAACAACAUCCCUUUCCACAACUUCAAGCACUGCUUUUGCGUCACUCAAAUGAUGUAUGGUCUGAUAUGGCUAACAGAUCUCAGGAGUAAGAUUGAUAGUGUUGACCUUCUCAUCAUGCUUACCUCAGCUGUCUGUCAUGAUCUGGAUCACACAGGCUACAACAAUGCCUACCAGAUUAAUGCACGUACUGAACUUGCCCUGAGGUACAAUGACAUCUCGCCACUGGAAAAUCACCACUGUGCUGUAGCCUUUGAAAUCCUUGAAAAGACCGAAAGCAACAUUUUCCGAAACUUGUCAAUGGAGCAAUUCAAAAGAAUAAGAGAGGGCAUAAUUAAGUGCAUUUUGGCUACAGAUAUGACCAGACAUACCGAGAUCCUCAACAAGUUCAAAAGCAUUUUACCUGUGUUUGACUUCGGCAACAAAGAUCACAGAGAUGUGCUGAUGAUGAUAAUGAUUAAAGUAAGUGACAUCUCCAAUGAGGCGAGACCAAUGGAUGUGGCAGAACCAUGGCUUGACUGUCUGCUGCAGGAAUUCUUCAACCAGAGUGACAUGGAGAAGUUGGAGGGUCUUCCUGUCACCCCAUUCAUGGAUCGAGAUAAAGUGACCAAACCUUCUUCUCAGACUGGCUUCAUCCGCUUUGUUCUCUUCCCUCUCUUCAUUGAACUUGCCAAUUUAUUCCCAAGUCUGGAGCAACAUAUCAUUGAUCCGGUGCGGAAAGCUCUUGACUAUUACACAGAAAUGGAGAAAGCACUGGAGAGGGAGAAACUGAACCGGGCCCAGAGUGAAAAGAUGAUCAAGCCCAGUACCUCAAAAGAUCCAGAAGCUCAUUCAGAGCAUUGUGGAGCAACAAAGCCCCUAUAAUCUGACGUCAGACUUUCAAAAAAACAUCCUGUGAAGAAAGUACAAGUUUAAUGUUGGGGAUUUUAUCAGUCUUCAUUGUUUGUUUAAAGGUGCAUUGUGUAACUUUUAGAAGACUUUUUUAAUAUUAUUUUUUUUUAAAGUAUGUAUGUGAAAUUCUAGCUUAAAUAACCACAUAGAUAAUUUAUUCUAACAUGUUAAAAUUGCCACUUUGUAGGUGUGAGCAAAAAUGUGCCAUUUUGGGUGUGUCCUUUAAAAUGCAAAUGAGUGGAUCUUUGCACUAAAUGGCAGUGCUGUGGUUGGAUAGUGCAGAUUAAGGGGCGGUAUUAUCCUCUUCUGACAUCACAAGGGGAGACAAAUUUCAAUGACAUAUUUUUUUUACAUGCUUGCAGAGAAUGGUUUACCAAAACUUAGUGACUGGGUCGAUCUUUUUCACAUUUUCUAGAUUGAUAGAAGCACUAGAACUCAAUUAUAGCACUUAAACAUUAAAAAAGUCAGAUUUUCAAGAUAUGUCCCAUUUAAAAGAAAUGCUAUAUAUAACUAUAUUAUCAGUGGUGUAUAAAGACCCUACAAAAUAAACGAUUGUUUUUAUUACCUUUGAAUGAUUUUAUUUACAUACACCGCAGGUCCCCUUACGUUGCCAUUUCGUGCCACCAUGUUUCUACAAUGGAACUAAAUUGACUGCUCUAUAGAGUGCGUUUUGUCACUUUACAUACUAGUCCCGUAGAUUUUCUUUGCGUUUUAGCUUUGGACUGAGCUGUUCAAUUUCAGACUGCCAUAUUCAAGAUGCAAUUCAUAAUCUCGCCACUAGAUGCCGCUAAAAAUCAACACAGGGGAGUGAUUGCAAUAUAUAUUUUUAGGCAGUUUCUGAUUGUUUCUCAAAAUGUGCUUUAAAAUGUUACUUUUACAAGAUUAAUAUAUUUUAUUUAAAAAUGGGAUUUAAAUGGUUUCACUAUUAACAAAACAAAGGUGCCAUAGAAGAACCACUUUUGGUUGAAUGGUUUUAUAAAGAAUCCUUAACAUCUGAACAGCCUUUCUGAACAGGUUCUUUGUAGUGAAAAAAGUAAGAAUGAAACUGAACCUUUGUUUGAAUGGUUCUUGCAGGAACCAAGAAUGAUUAAAAAACAAGGUAAAUAAAAAGGCUUUUAUUUACCAUGAUCUGUGUAAUCCAAAAUAUUAUAAGAAACUUAAGAAUGUGUCACAUAGGAGGUAUUAGACUAUUUAGCUAAUUUGAUUAUUGGUUAAAAUAAAACUGUCUUUAA